AGCAGAGAGCAGUGGAGCUGCCAGGCUUGUGGCUACAAGCACACUUAAUUGCAUCACAUCCGCAAGAGUGAUCCAGCUGGGUGUGUAUAGCUAUGUGGCUGUGUACUCUUUAGGUUUCUCUCUCCCCUUCCUUCCUCCCUCCCUCCCUCCCUCCCUCUCAUUCUCUCUCUCCUCCUCCUCUCGGUGAGUCUCUAGGUGAGUCAAAAGCAGCCCUGAAUCAGGAAGUAGGAUGCCGUGACAGACAUUAGUAGGCAGAAGGAAAUGGGCACCACCACCACACAAUGUCACUAUGUCUGCUGCUGCUCCUGUCCAUGGUAACACAAGGACGAGAGGGAGGAGAGGCCACAGGGAAAUGACCCCAUCGUCGAUCAUGUUGCUGCUGGCUCUGACAGCCUGCCUGGCGGGGACUGUGUUCUGCCAGGGUGAUGAGGACACAAGUACUGUUGAAGAAACACAAACAGAAAGUGAUGCCGGGUUCUCAGUGAUCCCACCUGUAAGUGAUGCUACCCCUACACCAGACUCAUACCUAUCAUCUGAGAGUCCUUCAGAGGAAUAUGAGACUGAAGCUGAAGCUGGUUCUGGGUUCAGUCCAGGUGUCAAUUUAGAAGGGGAGGAUCAUCUCAAAUCCUCUGAAGCACCACUGGAGGACAGUCUGAGUCUCACCUUUGUCCUGGUUCCUGUUGUGCUGGUGGUCGUGAUAAUCGCCAUGGUAGUGGGAGUAGUCAUAAUCAACCGCAGAUGGAAUCAGAAAGGAAAGAGCAAUUCUGAUCAUGUAGAAGAGGAUAAAUAUUUGCAUGGUAGCGAUGACACAGAAAAAGUUCCAAUGCCCAUGUUUGAGGAUGAUGUCCCCUCUGUGUUGGAGCUGGAGAUGGAAGACCUGGAACAGUGGAUGAAUAAAGACGGUGGAGUUCGAAUGGACUCUGGACAAGGGAUCUAACAUGAGAUCAUGGCUAGUCCCUAAAGAGUCACGGAGUCAGUCAAUUCUCUCUCUCAACCGUCCUCUUGCUGUACUGCCGGUGACAAAGGACAUUUCCCCAUCGCAGGGAAGGACAUUCUGUUACCCAGCAGCACUGUAGGCUUCUUCUUCACUGUACACCUCCACCAAGGUGACUGCAAAAAACAGGAAAUGCUGAAUUUAUUUUCCAUUUCAGCAUAAACAAAAGACAAGUAACAAUAAAUGCACAAGUUAAAUGUUUUUAGAACGUAACAUCUUAAAAUCUGCAUCAAAUGUACUGUGGUAUCGACUCUCUGGAGAAACAGUGUGUGGCAAUAGUCCUUUCACUACACGGAUCCUGAUUGUGGCCUAAUAAUGAAUGCUUUUUGCAACGCCUUCAACUCAGUACUGUGCCUUUUUAGUCAUUGUUUCAACUUCAUAUACACUUUUUAUGUGAUUGUUUUACUGUCUUUUGUAUUCAGCUGUCAUGCAGUGAGAGAGGAAGGAGUAAAACACAGGAGGUUGGUGGCACCUUUAUUGAGGAUGACAGGCUCGGGGUAAUGGCUGGAGCAGAAUGAGUGGAAUGGUAUCAAAUGCAUCAGACACUUGGUUUCCAUGCGUUUGAUGCCAUUCCAUUCGCUCCGUUCCAGCCAUUAUUAUGAGCUGUCCUCCCCUCAGCAGCCUCCUGUGGAGUAAAACGUGUAAAACUAUUGCUGAAAGCGGGUGUCGGUAGCCAUGUUCUGACACCCAGACAACAAUAUCAGGACUUGACCUCCAAAGAUCCUACAGGCCCUCCCCUUUACAACAUAAACACAUAUUCCAUGCCCACAAUAAAGCCAGACCAGAUGGUAUAUACCCUUAUUCCAACGGCCAACUAACCCAGUCCCAUGAUAGAUAUGAUGGCUCUAACCCAGUCCCAUGAUAGAUAUGAUGGCUCUAACCCAGUCCCAUGAUAGAUAUGAUGGCUCUAACCCAGUCCCAUGAUAGAUAUGAUGGCUCUAACCCAGUCCCAUGAUAGAUAUGAUGGCUCUAACCCAGUCCUAUGAUAGAUAUGAUGGCUCUAACCCAGUCCCAUGAUAGAUAUGAUGGCUCUAACCCAGUCCCAUGAUAGAUAUGAUGGCUGUAACCCAGUCACAUGAUAGGGAUGAUGGCUCUAACCCAGUCCCAUGAUAGAGAUGAUGGCUGUAACCCAGUCCCAUGAUAGAGAUGAUGGCUCAACAAAUGUUUAUGCUAAAGACUGGCUAGUGUCUCCUCCUCUGUUCUGCUCUGUCCCUUCUGGUUGUAGUAUACAGACUGCACGUGGAUCUAUCUCUCUGUCUCUCUUUCACUCUCUCUCUGUCCCUCUCUCUCUCUCUCUCUCUCUCUCUCUCUCUCUCUCUCUCUCUCUUUCACUCUCUCUUUCUCUGUCUCUCUCUCUCUCUCUCUCUUUGUCUCUCUCUGUCUCUCUCUCUCUGUCCCUGUCUCUUGAGAAACAGUAUUUCACAAUUACUGUCAUUCCUUCCUAAGCAUGUAAUUCCUGUUGAUGGUACACUGUCUUUCAUUGGUUGAAUAUGUUUUUCCUCCAAUGAUAGUGGUGUUGUUGAUAUGCAAUCUGAAUCUACAAAUUCUCGUCACAUCGAUGUAUAAAUGUUUUGCUCAGCUCUACGUGACAGUCAGUAUUUUGCAGUAACUUUCAUUGUAAAUAUGUGGAAGAUAAAAAAAUUUGCUCGCGUGUAUAUUUUUUAAAUGUGUAAAUUGUGCUUGAUUUGAUACAAAUAUUGAUAUUUGCUUAUGGUCAUUGGAGUGAAUUUGGUCCCUCAAUCUCUGUUAGGUUCUCAUACUUGUCAGUAAUCCAAGUGUUACAGCAGUAGUUAUUGUAAUAAAGAGUAAUAAUUUCAACAUGGAACCAACUGUCCGGCCAAUACAUUUGCAUAUUUGUAUAUCAUCAAUAAAUCUGUGACGUGCUAUUUU